GCGGAAAGAAAAUUCGGAAGGCUCUGAUAUCUUUUUUUUGUGUAUUAAAUAGAAUUCAUGAGAAGGACUUUGUCAUAGUGCGCUGUCCAGUUGGGAGGAUAUCGCCAUAAUGUCGUCGCUGUCCCUGCCGAAAGUGAUUCACGGCAAACGGAGCCCAGCUGAUUUGGAGCGAGAAAACUUUGAGAAAACACAGAGUACGGCCAUUACCAAAGCUAUCAACUCCACAGAGUCCCCUGUCAAGGAAAAACAUGCCCGCAGUACGAUCCUGGGGACAUACCAAGAGUGUGGGGCGGGGAUGUUCUGGGGCGUGGUCAGUAAGAUUCCCUUACAAGGUAACCCCAUCACCUGCUGGAAGUUCUGUCACGUCCUUCACAAACUGCUAAGAGAUGGACACCCCAAUGUUGUGCUGGACUCCCUGAAGUUUUGUAGCCAUUUGAACGAUUUAGGGAAAUUAUGGGGACACCUGAAGGAUGGUUAUGGAAAGUUGAUUUCUGCCUACACCAAGCUGUUGGUGCAGAAGCUGAACUUUCAUAAAAAGAAUCCCCGAAUUCCUGGCACCUUGAUGAUGUCAGACGAAACCUUAUCCAGAAUCUGUGGAUCUGAUGUGAACAGCUAUUUUGAGCUGGCCUGUGAUAUGUUAGACUACAUGGAUGAGAUCUUGACUCUACAACACCUGGUUUUCAGUUCUCUGGACAUGUCAAGGUCCAACUCCAUGACAAACACGGGACAGUGCCGUUUAGCUCCCUUGAUUCUCUGCAUACAGGACUCCUGCCAACUGUACGACUAUCUGGUCAAGUCCCUCUUCAAACUUCACUCGAGCCUUCCCCCAGACACAUUAUCGGGUCACAGGGACAGAUUCCUGGUCUGCUACAGGAAACUGAAGGAAUUCUACCACCACAGUGGAAACCUGCAGUACUUCAAAAACCUAGUCCAAGUGCCAGUCCUGCCUGAUGAGCCCCCCAAUUUCCUGAUAGCGGCAGACUUUAGUAAGCAUGUGAAACCUGUGGCUGUGGUUCCUGGGGAAUCUGAGCCUGACGUAGAAACCCCCGAGGUGGAGUCCACAGGCUUUCUCAUUGACACCACACAGUCAGAGGCAUCUGAUGAAAGUGACAAGUUUGACCAAGCAUUUGGGGAUGCCUCAUUAGGGAACAGCUUCAACUUCAAUGGUGCCCCACCCCCUCCUCCGGAACCUGAUGAGAGGGACAUGUUGAUAGAAAGGCUGAUGAGGGAGAUAAACCAGUUGAGGGAAGAGCUGGAGAGAGUCAAGGCUGAGGACUUCAGGAUCAUUUCCAUGUUGAAGGAGAAAGUGGAAAAGUUAGAAGAAGACAUCAGAAGGCUGAUGGCAGAGAGGGAUGAACAAAAGAAGGAGAAAGAAGUACUGCUGGUUCAGGUAGAAGCUGCAAAGAAGAACACAGCUGCCUCAGCAAAAUUGGCUGACGUCGAGAAACAAGUGAAAGCCAGUGAUGAAAAGUUCAAGAAGAUGAAGGAUAUUUACACAAAGUUACGAGAGGAACACGUACAGUUGCUGAGGAAUCAUGCUGAAGCCAAUAAACAGUUAUCUAGUGAAAAGAAAGCUGUGGAGGAGAAGGAACAAGCAGUAAAGAAAACCGAGAUUGAGCUGCAUAAAAUCUCCGAGGAGCGGAAGGUUAUAGAAGCUACGCUGCAGAAAAGUGCCGAUGAUGUCACCUCCCAGCUUGCUCAAGUCACAGGGAAAAGCGCAGAGCUUGAAAAACAGAAAGAGGAAUUGGAGGAGCGGUUACGGAAGUUAAAAGAAGAACAAGAGUCCCUGGAGAAACAGCUGGAACAGUCUCAGUCACAGGGGCAGUCAUUGCAACAACAGCUGGAACUCACCAUAUCUGAGAAGAAGAGCACUGAGGAGGAGCUCAACAAUAAACUGUCAGAUCUACACAGGAGGGUUAUAGAAAAGUGUGUGGCUGAAGGUAGGAUUGUGAUAGAAGAUGCUGUAGACCAGUAUGAAAACCCAACCUUCUCCCAAGCCACGUGUACUGCUGAGUUCCUGUUGACACGGGCUCAGCCAGUGCUCCAGAAGCUUAAAACACUACAGGAAUCCAGUGACAAGUACAACAACGACACGUCCAGUUUGGAUGAGUACGUUCAGUCCAUCACCAACUUCUGCCAUCACCUUGGCGACUGCGUCAUUCACGGCAUUGCCACCUCCCACUCCGCACAGAUAGAGCCCGGAGAAGAAUUGUCCAGUGCCUGUAAAGUUGCUGGGGAAGAUGGGCUUAAAGUACUCGGCAGUGUGGAGAAAAAUGACACAGCCUCAUUAAGGACUGACAUAAACUCGUUAACGAGCCGUGUCCAGCGUAUCAUUGGUCUCGCCGAGGCUCUCGUACCAAAGAUGGAGGACGUGAAGGUCGGAGAGAUCGGGGAUAUGGUGGAUGAAGAGAUUGACGCUACAACCAAAGCUAUAGAACAGGCUGCGGCCAGGUUUGAGGAACUGAUGCAUUCUGCACGAGCAGAGAGCUCGGGCUUGCAGCUUGAGGUGAAUGAGAGGAUCAUUGAUUCAUGUACAGCGUUGAUGAAGGCCAUUAGAAUUCUUGUGGAGAGGUCAAAGAAUCUGCAGAAAGAAAUCGUUGGUCAGGGACGAGGAACGCAGUCGGCCAAGGAAUUCUACAAAAAGAACCAUCGGUGGACGGAGGGACUGAUCUCGGCAGCCAAAGCUGUGGGGUGGGGAGCCAAUGCUUUGGUAGAGGCGGCUGACAAAGUUGUGAAGGGAGAAGGAAAGUUUGAAGAGCUGAUGGUGUGCUCUAAUGAGAUAGCGGCGAGUACGGCACAGUUAGUCGUGGCAUCCAAGGUCAAGGCAGACCGGGGCAGUGAGCGGCUGAAACAGGUGUCGGAGGCAUCCAAAGGGGUUUCCGUGGCAACCGGGAAUGUGGUAGCCUCAGCCAAGACAGGAGCUGAGAUGAUUGAGGAUCAGAAUUUAAUGGACUUCACAAAACUAUCCCUUCAUCAGACGAAAAAACUCGAGAUGCAAACACAGGUCCAUGUCAUUGAAUUGGAAACCUUGCUUGAGAAAGAGAGGGUGAAGUUAGGAAAUUUGAGAAAGCAGCAUUACCAGCUGGCUGGGGAGAGUGAGGGCUGGGAACAGGAUCAGAUUGAGGGAGAGGAGGAUGAAGGGGAGGUAAUACCCCUCUGGAGAAAAGAAUUCAACGAGAGCAUCAUGAAGGUGUAUGGCACAGAUGAUCCGCAUGACGACACAGACUUUCUCUAGCCAGCUGGUGUGGACGCAGGGUUGCAGGAAUGUCAUGUUUUCACCUGCACUUGCAGGAGCUGGUUGAUUCAUCUGGUACCUAAUUACCUGUAAGGUACUCACCAUCUCAGUGGUGCUGAUUGCUUGAAGGUUUACACCUGUCUGCCUGGGCCACAAUAUCUGGUUGUCAUGGGAUACCAUACCUAGUUGUCAUUUGUUAUCAUAUCUGGUUCUCAGUGGAUACCAUACCUGGUUGUCAUGGGAUAUCAUACCUGGUUGUCAUGGGACACCAUACCUGGUUGUCAUGGGAUACCAUACCUGGUUGUCAAUGGAUACCAUACCGGUACCUGGAACUUUACACCGUUUAGCCAGAGGCGUCUGAUAUCUAUUUGUUUGCAUACAAAAUACCAGCUGUUUACAUAUGAAAUUAUACCUGUUUACAUAUGAAAUUAUACCAGUUUACAGAUAACUUAUUAACUCUUUGUAUACAUCUACAUAUGCCUACCUCUGCAUACUGUAUGAUGAUUU